GCGACGGGCAACUCAUGUGCGUCGCUGGAUAGUCAAGGUUGCCGUGAGUCUAGCGAUGUGUUUAUAAAGUUGUCGGAGUAAUGUACAAGCUUCUCAGAGCCUCGGUUCUGCGGUUCUACACGGGUGCAGGUGUGAAACAUCUGUCGGGGACGCGGACGGAGAAUCUGCGCAGAUGGAAACGCGCUGGGGGUCCGGCGUUAAAGGCACUUCAGGAGCCGCACACACUGCUGGAGCCGCACACACAGGAGCACUUCCUGUUCCCGGACUGGGGGAGAGAACACGAGGAAGAUGGAGAGGUGCUGGAGAGGGGCCCUCAGCCCAGGGGCCCUCAGAGAAAACACCAUGAUGAUGAUAUAGAGAUGCUGGAGCGGGGCCCUCAGCUCAGGGGCCGUCAGAGAAAACACCAUGAUGAUGAUGGAGAGAUGCUGGAGCGGGGCCCUCAGCCCAGGGGCCGUCAGAGAAAACACCAUGAUGAUGAUGGAGAGAUGCUGGAGCGGGGCCCUCAGCUCAGGGGCCCUCAGAGAAAACACCAUGAAGAUGUUCACGGAGAAGUAGAGAGAAAACACGAUGAUGGAGCAGUCAGGUCUAAGCAGCUCCGGGUCCUGGAGAGAGAGCUGGAGCUCAUGAAGGGCCCCGCGGAACCCAAACUGGAGGAACACUCUCUGAUAGACUUCCAUGAUGAAGGAUUCCCUCUGAACAAACCCAAGAAGAAGCGCCCACAGAAGGUGUUCGGCUCUCCGGAUGCACAGGUGGCCCUCAGCGAGACCCCCUGCUCUGGCUGUGGGGCCCUCCUGCACUGCACAGACCCCCAGGAGCCAGGAUACCUGCCCAGUGAGAAGUACAAGCCUCUGCUGGAGGGCGGUGGGCUGGAGCGGGCCGUGUGCCAGCGCUGCUUCCUGAUCCAGCACCAGCAGAGGGCGCUGAGCGUGCGCAUGGCUCCGGAUCAGUAUCGCGCUGUAGUGGGCUCCCUGCGACCCCUGAGCGCGCUGGUUCUGCUGAUCCUGGACCUGUUGGAUCUCCCGCACUCCAUCAUUCCAGACCUGCCGCAGCUGCUGGGACGUAACAAACGUGUGGUGGUGUUGGGGAAUAAGGUGGACCUGCUGCCGGGUGAUGCGCAGAACUACCUGCAGCGGGUGCGGCGGCAGAUGAUGGCGGACUGCGCCCGCGCCGGCAUCUCCACUGACCCCCGGGACGUCCACCUCAUCAGUGCUAAAACCGGCUACGGCAUCGAGACGCUGAUCAGCAGCUUGCAGGCACACAGGAGGCACCGGGGAGACGUGUAUCUGAUCGGGACCGCCAACGCCGGCAAAUCCACACUCUUCAACACCCUGCUGGAGUCAGACUACUGCAAAUCCACAGCUGCUGACGCCAUUCAUAGAGCCACCAUAUCACCAUGGCCUGGAACGACUCUGAAUCUGCUGAAGUUCCCCAUCCUGAACCCGACAGCUCAUCGCCUGAGCAGACGAGCAGAGAGACUCCAGCAGACGCAGCAGGACAUCAGUGCAGACGAGCUGCGCAGGAUCACACACUACAGCAGACACGGAUACCUCAUCGGUCACGUUGGCAGGACGUUCCAGGUGAAGCGGGCACACAGUAAAGAUGAGGUGGAGUUUGAUGCAGACAGUCUGAGCUUUGGAGGAGAUCUGGAUGGAGACGUUCAGAAGAGUCCGAAAGCAGACGCUGAACUCUCCUAUAAUGAGAUUAAAGACGCUCACUGGUGCUACGACACACCGGGAAUCAUCAAGGAGAACGACCUUCUGAGUGUGCUGACGGAGCAGGAGGUGAAGCUGGUGGUUCCCACAGUCGCCAUCACACCCAGAACAUUCCUGCUGAAGCCGGGGAUGGUGCUGUUUCUGGGGGGUCUCGCUCGCAUCGACUACCUGCAGGGGCAGAACUCCUGCUGGUUUACAGUGCUGGCGUCGUCUCGCGUGCCGGUUCACAUCACCAGUCUGGAUAAAGCUGACGACAUCUAUCAGAAACACGCUGGAAAAACACUGCUGGGGGUGCCAUGUGGAGGUGAGGAGCGCAUGAAAACAUUCCCACCGCUCGUUGCUCAGGACUUUGAGCUCCAGGGUCAGGAUUGCGACACCGCCAUCGCAGACAUCAAGAUCUCAUCAGCAGGCUGGAUCGCGGUGACUGCAGACGCUGGAGAUCAGCUGUUAUUGAGGGCUCGAGCUCCAGCAGCAGCAGGAGUGUGUUUGCGGACGCCGCCGUUACUGCCGCACAUCGUCCGUCUUAAAGGACAGAGAAUACACAGAUCUGCAGCGUACAAGACAAGAAAAGCACAAACACUGCUGGACACAGGACUGUCUGCCCGAGCGGCUCAGAGACUGCACAACACACACAGAAAAUGACCACUGUGACACUGCUAUACACCACACACACACACACACUCUGUUGAUGGGUUAUUCUUAUACCAGUGUCUAAAUGUGUUUAUUUAUAUGAACAAAAUGGUUGGUAACCUUCCACUGAAAAAAUAAAACUCACUGAAAUUACUUAAAAACUUUAAAAAGUCAUGAUUAAUCAAUUAUUCCUGAUAAUAAACUAUUGAAAAUCAAA